GGCGUUGAUGCCAAGUCAGGCUGCACAUAUGUCCAAUGCUCAUUUGGCUAUGAAAGGAUUUGCCAUCGACUACCACAACUCAGACGACUUUGCAUCUGACUUUGCGCCCUCGCGGCAAUCAAUGUCGAGCUACGGCAACGACUCACCGGCAACGCCGCAGUCCGGUGCUGGUGAGAACGACAACUCAAAGAAUUACAACAAUGGAAACGGCAAUGGAAAUGAGUACCGAACGCCGAACCCAAAUGUCCAGCUCUUCCGCACCGAGUCCGAAGCAUUCCGCGAUGAGCUGUACAACCCGAAUGUGACAUUCACCAACCCGGUGACGGCCAAACAACCGACAUCAAAUUCAUACUUGUCACCAAACAGCAACCUCAUCACCCAGCGCCUACAGACGGCUAACCUAGCCCGAUCGACAUCUCCAUCAGGACUCGGCAGAGAACGCUCACCUUUCAGAGACAACUCCCCAAUGGCAUCAGAUUGGCGAACUCCAGCUGUGGCUCCGGUAACGACAGCAGCAAGUAUUCGACGGCAACAAAAUGAUUCAGCAGUCGCGGCAGAGCUCGGGAAACAGCGAGUGCCACUGAGGAGAGAGCCAACGAAAACGAUUUCUCCCAAAGACGCCCUCCUCGACUACACCCACGACCCAGACCAGACUCCUCUCUUCCAGGAUAGCGCACCUGCAGGCUAUGAGAAGCACGGUGCCGCCGCGGAACAGUGGCCAGUGACCAAUUUCCUGAAUCAACAGACGCCGGCAUUCAAUGGACAGCAAAACAUGGGCUUCAGAAAUGCGUCGUCUGCCGAGAAUGGAUUCUCCAACACGGCUUUCAACUUCCCUUCUCUACCACAGGCGGACGAGAUACAGAACGCUUUCCAGGUCAACUACCCGUCGACAGCAUCAGCGAGCUUGAAGAACUAUUCCGAACCGGCCCCUGCUUUCCCCGCCUCCAUUCCCUCGAUGGAGACUUCUAUAAGCGAUGCUGGCCCACCGGCCUCUUCGCAGGAAAG